AUGGGUCAGACACUGUCGGAGCCCGUGGUGGACAAGCACUCCUCCUCCGGCCAAGAUGACCGCUGCAUCUACGGCGUCAGCGCCAUGCAAGGCUGGCGAAUUAACAUGGAAGACGCGCACAGCACCAUCCUCGACCUCAAGAGCCCGGCCGAAGGCGGCAGCAGCGAAGGCAAAGCAGCAGACGCGGACUCCAAACCCACAGAGUCGGACGUGCGGAUAACGUAUUUCGGCGUGUAUGACGGGCACGGCGGCGAUAAAGUGGCGCUAUAUACGGGCGAGCAUCUGCAUGAUAUUAUUGCCAAGCAGGAGGCGUUUAAGAAGAAGGAUUUUGAGCAGGCGUUGAAGGAUGGAUUUUUGGCGAUUGAUCGCGCGAUUCUGAGUGAUCCCAAGUACGAGGAGGAGGUCUCUGGCUGCACGUCCACGGUCGGCAUUAUGACCAAGGAGAAGAUCUAUGUGGGCAACGCUGGUGAUUCACGAACCGUGCUCGGCAUCAAAGGCCGCGCCAAGCCACUCUCCUUCGACCACAAACCUCAAAACGAGGGCGAGAAGGCUCGUAUCUGCGCUGCUGGCGGUUUCGUCGACUUCGGCCGAGUCAAUGGCAAUCUUGCACUGAGUCGUGCUAUUGGCGAUUUUGAGUUCAAGAAGAGCGCCGACCUUCCACCGGAGCAGCAGAUUGUCACUGCCUUCCCGGAAGUUACCGUACACGAAUUCGGCGAAGACGACGAGUUUGUCGUUUUUGCCUGCGAUGGUAUCUGGGAUUGCCAAUCUUCACAAGCGGUCGUCGAGUUUGUGCGAAGAGGUAUUGCCGCCAAGCAAGACCUUGAAGCUAUCUGCGAGAACAUGAUGGACAACUGCUUAGCUAGUAACAGCGAGACGGGUGGUGUGGGCUGUGACAACAUGACCAUGGUCAUUGUUGGUCUCCUACAAGGCAAGACGAAGGAGCAGUGGUACGACAUGGUGGCCGAAAGGGUCUCGAACGGCGAUGGGCCUUGUGCACCUCCUGAGUACGCCGAGUUUAGAGGACCAGGCCGACACCACAACUUCGAUGAUUCGCCUUCAGACGACUACGACAUGGACAUGGAUCAACGAACACGCAUGCUAGGCAGAGGUAACGGUGGCCGCAUCAUCUUGCUUGGCGACGGCACUGAGAUUCAUACAGGUGGUCCCGACGAUGACGGCGACGUGGACAUGGCUGAUCGCGGCGAGGCGGAGGAGUUGGAGGAUAGUGAUUUAUCUGAGCAGGUGAGGAAAGGCCAGCAGCAAGCUAGUAGUGAAGGUGGGAAGGGCGAGGAUGGGCAGAAGGUGGAGGGUAGCAGUAGUGGUGGGCCGGCGAUGCACUCGGUGGAGGAGGUCAAGAGCCCGAUGUCGCCGCCUCAGGGGCAGCAACAGCAGCAGUCGACUUCUACCUCGAGCACCUCGGCAUCGUCUGGUACUACAGGCGGCACGUCUUCGGAAGGUCCUGCUGAUGAGCCGAAAAUGUCUGUGCCGGUUGACGGCGUGGAUAACAAGAAGCUGCAUGAGGAGGCUGCUGCCUCUUCUGCAUCCAAGUGA